AUGCUGUUCUCGACGACGGCUGCGAUAUUAGAAAUGAUCGGAGUGGCUUUCGUGCUCCCAGCCGCGACAUGCGACCUUAAAUUAUCUGAUAAACUCAGAGGAAUCAUCACUUCGAUACCUAACAUAGGCGUCAUCCUCACGGCGGCGCUGUGGGGUAGAGCAUCGGACACCUUGGGCCGUAAACCAGCGAUGAUUGCGUCUGCCUCGAUGGGCGGUUUCGUGGGACUCCUGGCCGCGUUCAUGCCUAAUUUGUUAGCGUUCAGCAUCUGCAAGUUUUGUGGUUCACUUUUUUUGUCAAGCGCGUCAUCUUUGGGCUUCGCGUAUAUUUGCGAGAUGCUUCCAGUGAAGAGUCGUGACAGAACCGUGCUGAUCUGCAACGGAUUAGUGAUGAUUCUCUCCACACUAUGUCCUGUGCUGGCGUGGGUUAUUCUUCCAUACGAAUGGCGAUACCAAAUGGGUGCGAUUAUCUUUAGACCGUGGCGUCUUCUGACCAUCGUCUACGCUAUUCCGUUGCUGGUAGUGGCGGUCUGCAUGACCUGGAUGCAGGAGAGCCCCAAAUUCCUAGUCACGAGAGGCAAACGCACCGAAGCUCUGGCUGUCCUCAGGAAAAUAUACUCCAUUAACAGGGGAAAGCCUGAAAAAGAAUAUUGUGUCAAAUCAUUGAGCUGUCUAUCAGAAACAGCCAGCGACGCCAGUGACACUGAUGAGCUCAGAAAUAAUUCUAUACUUUCGUUGCUUCGACCGCCGCAUCUGAAGUGGCUGCUUUUAACAGGAUUCCUCAUGUUUGGACUGUUCUCAUUAUUGAAUGGUCUCUUUCUAUUCGCACCGGACACGAUCAAUAGAAUGCUGACUGGAACAUCAGAUGAAGUCGGAACCAUAUGUCUGUAUAUGAACAACGGUAACAAUAUAACGGCGAUUACUGACGCGUGCGUGGAUACGAUCUCAAACAGCACCCUCCUUGUGAUGGUGGUCACGACACUUGUGUACAGCGUCAUUGUGAUGGCGAUAAGUGUCGCCCCACUGUCCAAGAAGACUCUGCUGGUCGCCGUAUUCUUUGUGGUGGGCAUCAGCUGUCUCGUUUCUGGCCUCAGCAAGAACAGAAUGCUGGCCGGUGUUGCCAUGUCGUCAUUACAAAUAACUGCUCUGGGUAUCGGACCUUUGACUGCCUACGCGAUACAUCUGUUUCCAACUCGCUUAAGGUGA